AUGCCCGAGGAUCUCCGCCGUACUACGAGAGGCAGCCAUAAUGACCCAGAGCCUAAGCAUGCUCGAAAAAGACAACAGCGAGCAGCUUCCUGCGACUCGACUUUCAGAGAUGGACAGAGAAGACAGCCUCGUCCAUCAGUAUCUCCACUAGUAGCUUGGGAUGAUUCCGCCCUCCACGACAAGCACUACAUUCCUUUCAGGGACGAUAGUGAUUUGUUUCAAUUGGAAGAUGCCCAGAUGGGCAUUGCUAUACGGCGAGCGGAGAACAUAAACGUCUUUCACGACUCUGCCAGCGAGGAAUACCUGUCAUCGAGGCCUUCUUCUCCUGCAGAGAGUGAUUCGGUAGAAGACUUUGUGGAGAAGCGGUUUUCACGACCUGCCGAGUACUUUCAGGAGCUGGAUGAUAUGACAUCUAAGAUAUAUCAAAACACGGUAUUCAAGCGAUAUAUCGAUGGAACAAAACAUCGGCCAUUCGAUACCAAGAUUAACUUCGAUCCCGAAACCCCAUUUCUCGAGAAUGCAUCAUUCCAACAAUGCGGGACAGAGGAGAUACUCUGGUUUUGUCAGGAGGUCACAUAUUUGGCAAACAAGAACAUACCUGGUCCAUCCCAUCCCCUACACCUAGCGGAUCAUCGAAUGUAUGCUCGAGUACUUGAUCAAUUGGCGAACUUCAUUGAAUGCCGCAAUAUCAUUUCCAGGGCCUGGGAGAAUAUCAAGACAAUGAAAGAAGCACAUUAUUGUGGCAGCUUUAUCAGCCUGCUCGUUCUCGACCGCACGCGCCAGAAUGUUGCCAGACUCGUUCGAAUUGAAUGCGGCAAGAUAGAAGAGUUGGUGAACACAUUCGAGAUAUGCCUCUUCCAGAUCAUCUCUGGCAUUCCCAAUGAUGUCUUGCUUGAGGUUGUCAAUACAUACGCGAGUGAGGUCUCGGCGGCUUGUCGACAGCUGCUCGUCGAUCUUGAUAUGAAAAUUCCAAUUAAGCUUAAAGACCUCUGGCGAUGUACUGUUCAUGUUCUCGAUUUUGCAGUCCUGUCCUACGCUGGUGCUCACACGCAGGUCUUUGGCAAUCAUCAAGUUAUAUCCGUUACGUUACCAGGCCCUUUCUUGGAGACGCAGUACUUUGGGGUUCGUCGAAGAUCUUUUUCGUGUCUCAGCGAGUUCCUCGGUCGGCAGCAGGUUUGGGUACUUGAAAGUUUUGAUACGUAUCUUUCGAGCCUACUCGGACUCGAGGAGCCGCCUCACUUAUCUUUGUCGACGGACGCCAUGACAUUUGGGGACAUUUGGGGACCAAUGUGGAAGUCCUCCGUUCUUGGUGAUGAAGAGCGGAUCGUUCAAUACAAAGUUGGGAAUGGGGUCAUAAUUCCCUGCCAUACACUAUCGGAGGGCUCACGAGACGCAGUGAAGGCUCAAAAGGGCGAAAUACUAAAAGGCGAAGUACUCUGUCAUUGGAUGUCAAACAAAGAGAGCCGCGAAGACAAGGAUUUCGCAAGGGCAUCAUAUCUGCGCGAGAACGACAUCCUUCUCAUAGGAGCCAGUGUCAGGUUGGAAGACAAAGGCGGAUGCCCUGAAUCGACAGCCCAGCUCAGAGAACGAUUUAGGGACUCUGGGGCUCUUUCUGAGCCUAGUACUGUCAGUCCUGGCUGGGAAUUGAGUACCGUAACAGGGGCACUGCAGGUUACACCACCAUUUGUCACUGGCGGUCUUCAAAGACAAUACAAGUUACGAGUGGGGCGGUAUAUGACGAAGUGUUUGAUCGAACAUUGGAAAAACGACUCUGAGAGUCGAAAUGUUGAAGUUCUAGAGCAGUGGUUGGGUCUUGAAGUUUCCGCAUGCACAUACAAUAGCCGCAGGAUAAGACUGAUCGAGCUAUUUGGGACGCAGACUAUGCUAAAUCACUUGCGGAAUGCAUCAAUCCAAUGGACAGACCCAGAAUGCGAGAGAAAUUUCUACUCUGCGCUUCAAGAUUCAGACUACAAAGCGUUCCGUAGGCUGUAUAAGUCUCGGCGUGGCUGGCAAACUGAUCUGGGUAAAGCCAUUGGAUGUGGCUUCGACAAACUGGAGGACACCGGCAAGACCAUAGAGGGAGACCUUGCAUUGUUCUGGGCUCCGGAUACUCAGCCAGGGAGGAAAGUCACAUUGCGAUCGAGAGAACUAUCUUGGAUUGGCUUCUUGGAAGAGACUAAAGAUAGUGGGACACUAGCCGUACUUGAGAGCAAUUGCCUAGAAUUUCCCAAUCGGGUCCUAGGCAAGAAAUGCCAGCAUAAUCGCUUCGAUCCCAAACAUAUAGGCGGCGGGAUCUCUCCCCUGAGCCAAAUUCGUGAUGGAUCGCUUCUGCAGACAUCGAGUCACUUGAAUAGUUCCUGUGUCCCGAACUCUCUGCAUGGAGGACGUCGCAGAAUAAGGAAUUCUAGGCAUGGUGGUUCGGCUCCAAGGCAUAAAUUUGGUUGGUGUUUAACAGCCUUGAAAGAGGGCGAUGUAUUUGAGUUCGGCGCGCAAGGUCAUCUCAAGGUCAUCACACAGCUCAGUAAGGACCAGGUGCUAGUAGAAUGGCGCAAUCCGAACAGACCCCAGGAUAUCUUGCGCGAUGUUUCACACAGAGUCUUGACAAUGGCAAGUGUCACGCCUAUAAUCCGCAAUGUUGUCGACAGUCCCCCACCUCCUCUUAUGCACUAUGAACGCAUAAAGGCAGAGGACAGCAACACCAAACCAGUACACUUUCUUAUCAUCAGCAAAUCUAGGAAAAUGCUGCGCUCCGGUCCAUCUUCACGAAGAUCAUUUUUGCAUGCCGAUUCGAAUCCCACAGUCCAUCGAUACGAAUCCGACUUUUCUCCGCGCGGUAUUCCCAGAACCACAACAUCUCAACCAAUUAUCUCGCAAAGAGUACAUGACGACUUGAUCAGGAGGGAGAUUGUACACAGAGUUUCCAGGCAAUUGGAAAUUCUGCCAGCCCGGGUCGAUAACAACGAAGAGACAACGUCGCAAGGUAGAGCUCGAAGAUAG